AACCUCUUCUUACACAUCUCUCUUCAAUUUAUAACAUCCGAUUUCAAAUGAAGUCACCAAUCUCUUCUGUUAUCUUUGUCAUCUUUCUCUUCUUCUUAGUGUCAUCAGCCCAUCCGGGCAUGAAAAAACAACACUACCCAUGUAAAAACUUAGUGUUUUAUUUCCAUGACGUGAUUUACAAUGGCAAAAAUGCCAAUAAUGCAACUGCUGCUAUUGUAGGUGCACCCCAAUGGGGAAAUCUUACAAUAUUAGCGGAUAAGUUCCAUUUUGGGAAUAUAGCGGUUUUCGAUGAUCCUAUCACUUUAGACAAUAAUUUUCAUUCCACUCCAGUGGGUCGGGCUCAAGGGAUGUAUAUGUAUGAUACAAAGAACACAUUCACCGCAUGGCUAGCGUUUUCGUUUGUGUUUAACAGUACAGAACAUAAAGGAACCAUAAAUUUCAUUGGUGCUGACCCAAUUAUGGUUAAAAGCAGGGAUAUAUCGGUGGUUGGUGGCACCGGAGACUUUUUCAUGCAUCGUGGGAUCGCAACUAUCAUGACUGAUUCUUACGAAGGAGACGUGUAUUUUAGGCUGCGUGUCGAUAUUAAGUUCUAUGAGUGUUGGUGAUUAACUCAUCAUGAGAGUAUCGUAGAGGCUAAAUGUACUUGUUGUGGAACUUGUUUUACUUAUUUAAGUGUGAUGCAAAAUAAAACAUCUUUUUUUUAUGAAUUUGACACCACCCAUAACUUAUGGGCCAUAAGAAUGCUA